AUGGUGAAGUUCGCAAAACAAUUGGGAGUUUCCCUCCUUCUCCUCUUCUCCGCUGUUGUUGCUGAAGAAGCAACCCGGGAUGAGCCGCAGCAGUUCUGGAAUGCAUCCAUGCGCAUCACCCAAACGGGCGUCAUGAACCCUCGCGAUCUGUUUGGCUUGGAGCCCAGAGCCUACGAAUGCAACCCAGGAUACUCGGAGUGUGCAUACGAUACCUCGCGCUGCUGCCCUACCGGUACAAGCUGCUGCGGAACUGGCUACUGCGCUGAUCCUGGCGAUACCUGCUGUACUACAGGCGGCACCUGCCCUAGCGGUUGGAACUGCUGCGGCGACGCAUGCUCGCCUGUUGGUGGAGAGUGCUGCAACGGUGGGUACUAUUGCAAUGCUGGCAAGCACUGCCGUAUCUGGAAUGGCGAGAAGGUGUGCUGCCCCUCGUCUGGCUGCUCCGGGGAGUCUGAUACAGGCAGCUUGGGAGGCACCGUCACGGCCGGUGUUACUGUGACUGCAACCACGACUUUGAGGUCCACUUCUACCUCUUCGCGUACUUAUGCGGACUAUGAGUACUACUCUACGACUUAUUACUGGACUUUUUGGUUCUACUUCUGGACCUCGUACGCCCCCUACACCGUCCAGACUGUCACCUCGACUCGCACUACAACCACAACUAUCAUCUCUGUCUACGUAACCGAUCUUGCCGAUGCCAGGUCUAGUUUCUCAAGCAGCAUCAGCUCCCUGACCUCAUAUCCUCCCUACUCCGCAACCUCCCUGAAGAGUUCGACAAGCCCAGUUCCACUUAACACCGGAGUAUCUGCCCCUACUUCCGGUGGUUCUUCGUCCAAUCAAGGAGCCGGCCCUGGUGCCAACGCUGCCAGUAGCUUGCCUAUCGAUAUCAAUGUAAUCAUCAUGGGUACUGCUUUGGCGGCUUUGUUUGGUGGCCUGGCUCUUGGGCUGUGA